AUGUGUGGCACUGAGUUUCGCAACGAGAUACAGCUGCUCUCAGCCGUGCGCCACCGCAACCUCGUGGCUCUCAAGGGCUUCUGUGUGGAAGCAGGCGAGCAGCUGCUGGUAUAUGAGUUCAUUGAAAGGCUGAGAGAAGAUAUGGGGAGUGCGAGAGUAGAGGGAAAGAUGAUAAGUGCGCUCAAGGGCUUGUGUGUGGAGGCAGGGGAGCAGUUGCUGGUAUAUGAGUUCAUUGAGAGGGGCACGCUGGAGGACAUGCUGAGAGGCUGCUGUGUGGAGGCGGGCGAGCAGCUGCUCGUGUAUGAGUUCAUUGAGAGAGGGACACUUGAGGAUAUGUUGAGAGCGGACUCAAAGCACCCGCUGACGUGGCGGCAGCGGGUUGACAUCGCGUGUGGCGCAGCGAGUGGGUUCGCGUACCUGCACCAUCAGAUCAAGCCGCCCAUCAUUCACCGCGAUGUGAAGACGGCCAACAUACUGAUCACAGCAGGCCUCGAAGCCAAGGUGUCCGACUUUGGCAUUUCCAAGGCUGUGCCUGAGGAGGCGGAGAAAGGGGGGAGGCUGGAGACGCAAGUGAAAGGGACUGUGGGCUAUUUGGACCCUCAGUAUUUCCAGUGUGAUCUACUCACGGAAAAGAGCGAUGUGUACAGCUUUGGGAUCGUGCUGCUAGAGCUAGCCACGGGUCUCCGCCCCGUGACCAACGGGGAGCAUAUCCGAUCAAUCGUGAUCGAUAGGGUUACCAACCAUGGUGGCGUGUAUAGUGUCAUGGACCCUGUAAUCAAAGCCAUGUGGGAGAGACAACAGAAGGGGGUUGUGGACGGGAGCAGGGAGCAUGGGGGAGCAGGAGCGGGAGGGGGGGGAAGGGGAGGAGAAGGGGGGGGUAGCAGUGGAAGGGGGGAGGCAGGGGUGAGUGAGACCUGA